UCAUACCUGUGUUCCUGUUCCUGUGACUAGUCCGUGGAUCCACUUUUCCAAGGAGCGUAGAGAAAGCCGCGGAAUCUCUACUGGUACAGCAGCGACGGCUCUUUACCCACCAGAGUAUCUUGAGCCGCAGCCGUUUCAACUUUCGCUUUUUGAGGCAAGAAGACACUAACCGCUGUCUUGCAGGGCCCAUGAGUCUUGCGACCAACCCAAAUCACGUGACUCCGGAGCCCAGUGGCUUAAGACUGUUACCCUGACAACUGCCGGGGCCCGGGCAGACUUUCCGGCAGAGCGCGGAAUUCGGAGGCGAAGUGUUUCCAGUGUUGUAAAUACUUUGGAAUGUUUACUUUGGGAAGUGAAAAUUUUUGAGUAUGGCUCACUAUUCCAAAGACCUGGAUGAAGAGUUUGAACAGUUUAUCAAAGAGCUUUCAGAUGAUUCUUUUGAAAAUUCAAACAAAAUGCCUGGACAACCUAAAAAAGAAGUGAAAAAGAAAGAUACACUGCCAUGGUGGAUAACUGAAGAUGAUUUUGAAGAUGGUGGACUGCUUGGAACAAAUGUAAGCUAUUUGAAAACAAAGAAGACUUCCCAGCCUAUUAUGGAAAUAGAAGAGGAAUCUGCUGAAAGGAUUCAGUUUCUCAAGAGCAGUGGAACCUCUCUUAUAAGUAUUGACAGCUUAGAAACAAAUGAGGUAGUAGUUUCUGAGCUCAACCAUAGUGUUCUUGGUUUGGGAUUGGACACAUUUGAAGAACAAGAGGAAAAAGAGCAAUUUUUUGCCAGACUUGAGAAAGGUUUAACAUCUUCCAUUGAUUAUUCAAGAUUGAAUAAGGAAUUGGAUUCUAAUGACUCCACACACUUUAAAGCUUUACAUAGUAAUCAAGCUAAUGUAGAACUAACUGAAGAUAAACAUGAGAAUGAAUCGAAACAUGAAGAAUUGGCAGAAAAUUACAGUGAUGAUUUUGAAGAUGAUGAAGAUACUGAUGCACCUAUGACCUCUAAAGAUAAAGAGACUAAUUCUAAAGAAAAUCCCAAAGCAGGAAAAAUAAAUGCACCCAAACAGGAAGAAGAGAAAACCGGCAUGCUGGCUAAUGUGGUGCUGCUUGAUUCCUUAGACUCUGUGGCAGAAGUCAACUUUGAUGAACAGGAUAGAGCAACAACUAAGCCAAAGGCCCUGCCAGAAAUGACUGAUAAUGAAAUGACAACAGGUGUUUCUUACGGACAAAGCAAUAGUGACAUUGAAGCUCUCCAUCAGGCUUAUUGUCAUAUAGCCCAUUCUUUGGGAGAUGCAGAUGAACAAAGAAUUGAGAGGAGUGCCAUGGAAAAUAUCAAGAGCUCAGUGAAAGGUCAUCUUCAAGAAAAUGAAGAGUCUUCCAAAAACAUCUCUACUACAGAAUCUGAUCUGCCCACAGUAGAGGAGUUGAUGAAACCUAUCAGAAUAGAUUCCUUUGGGAUCAGUGGUGGUUUGGACUUAAAGCCUGUCAGCUAUAAGAAACUGGCUGUUAGUGAAGAAACUGAAAUUGUAAGCCCUUUACCCCUUAAGAUGAAGCCAAAUGUUAUGUCUCAAGAGCCACAAAAUGUGAACCAAUUUUUUGACAAAAAUGAAGAGAAUGUAGUUUUACAAAAGACAACAAUUGAAGAUACAGAUAAUAGCUGUGCAAGAGUAAACACUACUGAAGAACAUAUAGAUAAAAUGUACCUUGAUAUUUUGAGGAAAAAACUAUCUGUUGGUCCUUCAGUAUUACCUCGUGAUGACAAAAUAAAUAAAUCUUUUAGAUCUCAGCUUAGUUCUGGAGAAGAAGGGGGUGUAAUUGGUAAACAGGUACCAUAUAAGAAGGCCAGAAGUGCACCUCCUUUACUUAAAAGAAAACCCCAGAGUGGAUUAUAUGCAUCAGUUAGGAGCUCAGGCUAUGGAAAACCCAGUUCACCAUUUAAGACAUUUUCUACUCUCGAAAAGAAAACUUCGAAGGACAUUAUGAAAAGCAAAAACUUGCGGUCCAUUCCCACCUCAAAUCAAGCUAAGAAAAAAGAUAUCUUAUCUGAAACAAAACUCAUCAAGCCUGCAGCAUUGGGUAAAUCAGCUCCCAAAAGUGAAAGUAGCCUGGCUACUCCUAAGAAGUCUGAAGACUCUACAGAAACUGAUUUUUGUGUUCAGUUACAGAAUGAUUCCUUAGGAUGCUGUGGCGGGAACACAGAGACAGAAUUAAUUAUGUUUAAAAGAGUUCAGGAAGCAGAGGAAAAAUGGAGGGGUGCACAAGCCCUAAUUGAGCAAAUUAAAGUCAUAUUCUCAGAAAAAGAGAGAGAGCUGGAAAAUAAGAUGGAAGAACUAAAGAGGCAACAGGAAAAGGAACUCUUCAAACUGAAUCAAGACAAUUAUAUUCUUCAAACCAAGUUAAAUAGCUUUGGAGAAACAAACAGAAAACAAAGGUGGUUACAUUUUGGAGAAACAACUGAUCCUGUCACUGAAGAAAAAUUGAAGCAAAUCCAAAAAGAAAUACAAGAACAAGAGACACUUCUUCAGGGAUAUCAACAGGAAAAUGAAAAAUUGUAUAAUCAAGUGAAAAACCUCCAAGAACAAAACAAGAAAAAUGAGGAACGAAUGUUUAAGGAAAACCAGAGUUUGUUCAGCGAGUUAGCUUCCUUAAAAGAACAGAUGCAAAAAAGUCAUUUGCUGUCUCAAGCAGUUGAAGAGCCCACCAGAAACCAGAAUUUUACAGAUUUGUUAGCAGAAUUACGUUUGGCACAGAAAGAAAAGAAUAGUUUAUUGGAAGACAUCAAAAGACUGAAGCAAGACAAACAGGCUCUUGAAGUAGACUUGGAAAAAAUGAAGAGAGAGAGAGAUCAAGCCAAAGAUCAGAUUGCUUAUGCCACAGGUGAAAAAUUAUAUGAAAUAAAAAUUUUAGAAGAAACACAUAAACAAGAAAUCAGCCAUCUGCAAAAAAGAUUACAGUGGUAUGCUGAAAAUCAGGAACUUCUGGAUAAAGAUGCAGCUCGGCUUAAAGAAGCAAAUGAAGAAAUUGAGAAGCUCAAACUUGAGGUUGAGAAACUGAAAGCUGAAUCUGGAAAUCCAUCUAUUCAGCAAAAGAUACGUUUAAAAGAUAGAGCAGCUGAUGUCAAAAAAAUUCAAGAUCUGGAGCGACAAGUUAAGGAAAUGGAAGGAAUUCUAAAGAGAAGAUAUCCUAAUUCUUUACCUGCUUUAAUAUUGGCUGCAUCAGCAGCUGGUGAUACAGUGGAUAGAAGUACGGUGGAAUUUAUGGAGAAAAGGAUAAAAAAACUAGAAGCUGAUCUGGAGGGUAAAGAUGAAGAAGCAAAGAAGAGCCUUCGUACCAUGGAACAACAGUUUCAGAAAAUGAAAAUUCAGUAUGAACAGAGGCUAGAGGAGCAGGAGCAGCUACUUGCCUGUAAAUUGAAGGAAGCACCCCAGAACCAACGUGACAACUCCAGGGUUAAAGCACUAGAGAAGGAACUUGAUGACAUUAAAGAAGCCCAUCAAAUCACUGUAAGAAACCUUGAAGCUGAAAUAGACACUCUUAAACAUCAGAAUGCUGAGUUAGAACUCAAGAAAGAUGAUAAAGAUGAUAAAGAUUUCCAGUCUAUAGAAUUCCAGGUGGAACAGGCUCAUGCUAAAGCUAAACUGGUAAGACUCAAUGAGGAGCUGGCUGCAAAGGGGAGAGAAAUACAAGACCUUUCGAAAACUGUGGAGAGGCUUCAGAAGGAGAGGAGAAUGAUGCUAUCUAAGCAGAAUUCUAAGGGAAGGGAGGACAUGACCACAAAAAGGGUGAAGAAAGAUGUUCUGCACCCAGGUAAAGGAAAUGUUAACNNUUUCCCUGGAACCCUGAAUAGCAAGCUUUACCAACCACAUACUUUUACUGAUUCCCAUGUUUCAGAGGUUUUACAAGAAAACUGCAGAUUGAAAAAUGAACUGGAGAAAUUAAUUGUGGAGAGAAAUGAGCUGAAAAUGAAAUCUGAAGUAGCUAUGAACCAAUUUGAAAAUUCCAUAAAAAGGGUCAAGGAAGAUACUGCGGCACACAUUACAUCUCUCAAAGCAUCUCAUCAGAGGGAAGUAGAGAAACUCCUUUGCCAAAACGCAGUAGAAAAUUCUUCUUCCAAAGUAGCUGAACUAAAUCGUAAAAUAGCAACUCAAGAGAUACUUAUAAAACAUUUCCAAAAUCAAGUUAAAGACAUGCAAGAUAAACAAGAGUCUCUUGUUGUUUCUCAAGUUCGAGAAGAAAUCCUGCAGAAAGAGAUUACAAAACUGUUAGAAGAAUUGAGAGAAGCCAAAGAAAGCCAUACACCAGAGAUGAAACAUUUCAUGGGCUUAGAAAAGAAAAUUAAACAGAUGGAAAUGAGACAUAAACAAAGAGAGCAGGAACUUCAACAGAUAAUACAGCAAACACACCAAGUAGUGGAAACGGAGCAAAACAAAGAAAUUGAGAAAUGGAAAAGACUCGCACAGUUGAAGAAUCGUGAGCUGGACAAGUUCCGCACAGAAUUAGACUCAAUAUUAGAUGUUCUCAGAGAGCUGCACCGGCAGGGGGUGGUUGUGCCAGUUUCUUUUGCAGAUGAAGUGAACGCACCAGAGUAUUAUUAGACACUCAGAAUUCAUGUGACUUCCUGGGAACGCCUGAAGAUGGAUAAUGGCUGGGAUUAUGCCAGUGUCGGAAGGAAGCUUUUGAUAACAAGUGUUCCAGUAUUUUGCCAGAAAGCAAACAACACAAAAGCAACAUUUCAGAAUAAAUUGCCCUUAACCAAUAAGAAACAAAAAAACUUUAUGGUAUAUUUUACUGAAAAUCAGUAACUAGUCAUAUUUUAAAUAAUUCAUGAACAAGUCCCUUUAUGUCAGGUGAUUAGUGUUAGAUUUAUCGUAAAAGUUCUCACAUGCUAGAUAUGGAAGGAAAAGAAAAUUGCACGUAUUCUGUCAUUGUUGACUUAAGUGUGUAUUCUCAAUUCUUGGUGCAAAAAAACAGGUCCUCUUAUGGAAACACAGGAAGGAAUAUGAGAGCACAGUGGCUUAGACAGUCACAUUGACAGUCAGUCACCUUAAUAGGAGAGCUUCCGCCAUCAUUUUGAUGAGAAUUGUAACUUCUGUACAAGUAGACAGUGAACUCUUGUGUUCUCCCAGAUUUCUAUUCCUAACUCUAGGUGCCUUAUUUUUGUACUUGAUACAGGUACAAAAUAUAUUUCACAAGUGAAAUAGGUGAAUUUGAUUUAUUCACUGUUUUAAUCUUUCAUGCUACAUGUCUUAAAUGCCAGUUCUUUUCUGUAACUAAGAUUUUAAAACAAUAUUAACAUUUUUACUUUAUUUAAAAAAUAAUUUAUGUCCAUUAGAAAAAACUAAAAGCAUGCAUAAAAGUAGCCAGAUUCUUAUUUUAUUUUAUAAUUCCCAUUUCCAAAAGCAGAUAGUGAGUAUAUAAAAUACUGGUAAGUUAAAGGUAUAGCCAGUUUCUUUCAAAUGUCCUAGCCCCGUUCUGUCCAGUACAUGUACAGUGUGAGCCACAUGUAAUUUCUGAUUUUAUUGUUGCCACAUUUUAAAAGAUUUUUUAAAAGAUGAAACUAAUUUUAGUAAUUUAUGUAAUCUAAUGUAGCCAGAAUGUGAAAGUUGAGUUUUACGUUUUGGUUUGGUUUUUGUUUUUUUCGUACUAAGUUUCUAAAUUCUGAUAUAUUUUACAUUUAUAGCACAUUUCAGUUUGGACUAGACACAUUCUAUGUGCUCAAUAACCACAUGCCAAUAAAUGCAAUUAUAGAAUAAUAAUGACAAAGUGAAUACUUUAUAAAGGACAGGUAAAAUAGAUCUUGGUGAAUAGAUUAUGGGUAGCACAAAAUAGAUUAUGGGUAGCAAACGUGAAAUGUGGAAAUUAAAAUACAAGAAAUACAAUUAAUGUCUUAAUGUCCAACAUUUUUAAUGUCCUUUAACUGAGAGUAGGAAAAAGCAUUAAUUAUACUUUGCUAUUUUUUUAUGUAAAAUUUUAAGUUAUAAACUAUUUUGGUUAUUA